GUAGACAAAAUUUCCGAUUACUUAGGUCAUCAAAGACUCUAUCUGCGAGUUGAUAGUAAAGAUAAAGAAGCGAUAAAAUAUGUUAAAAAAAUCCAAGAAUUUUAUCGAAAUAUGGAGUAUGAGCGCAUUGAAAAUACUUACAUAGAAUUGGCUAAGAAAUUUGAAAAUUGUUAUCGCUGCAGAAAAGAUCGUAUCAGAGGUAACUUGAACAUAGAAGAAAAUCAGUUUGUACAAUUUGUACAAGUUAAAGAACAAGCUGAGACAAGCGAGAAAGAAAAGAAAACCGAGAUAGGCAAAAAAGAAUUGGAAACUGAAAUAAGCAAAAAAAAAAUGGAAACUGUGAUAGGUGAUGAAGAAAUAGACGAGAAAGAUAAGAAAACCGAAAAUGACGAGAAAAAAAAUGUAGAGAAAGAUAAGCAAACCGAAGAUGACAAGAAAAAAAAUAGAGGCAUGAAAAACAUUAAUGACUAUAAUAGCAUUUUUGAAGAAAUUAUUGCUAAAAAAUUUGAAGCACCAGCUGAUAUAACGUAUAUACUAGAUAGACUUCGCAGAAUUAGGGAUAAUAGAUCAAAUGUACCAGGGACAAAAAUUAUUGCUAAACAUCUGUGUGAAAACAAUGUGAAAGUUUAUGCUAAUGUGCUUGAAAUGGGCUUUUUUCAAUAUUUUGUUUAUUCGCAUAGAGCGUAUAAAGACGACGACAUUGACAACAAAGAAAGUACUAAAGACAAAGAAAGUACUAAAGACAAAAAAAGUAAUGGUGACAAUGAUAACUUUACAAUCAAUAUUGAUAUUAGUGAUAUGGAAAGAAUAUUCAAUGUUUUCAAAAAAGGCAGUUGUGAAGAAAAUGUGUCCAAUAUUAAAUUCAAAAAUUCUAAAGUUAUCUGGUUUGUAAUUCCAGAAUUUACGAGACAUGAACUUAAAAGAAAAGAUGAACUUACAAGAAAUGAUGAAGAUUCGAUGAGAAAAAAAUUUAUGAGAAGAGGAUUCCUUGCAAAACAUGCACAAGAAU